ACUGUCAGUAUGAGUGGUGUCAAAGGCUUGCAAGAGAACUUCUCGUGAGGAUCGGCAGCGGUACACUGCGUUCUUUACCGUCGUCGCUACCCGGCAUCGCAUCGGGGUUUAUUAUUUUGUUUUGUGGUGAAAUCUUUCCCACUUUGGUGGAAGAGUUGUCAGUCGGGUUAGACAGACUGGGAGAGAAGGAGAGCAAAAGCAGAUAGCUGAAUUUGUCUAACAUUAUUCUCCUGUGUUGUGGCUGAAGCAUCAUCAUGUUGCCAUCGUUCGGGUUUACGCAAGAACAGGUAGCCUGUGUAUGCGAAGUUUUGCAGCAGUCCGGCAAUAUUGAACGCCUUGGAAGAUUUCUGUGGUCGUUGCCAGCCUGCGAACACCUCCACAAGAACGAGAGUGUACUCAAAGCCAAGGCCAUCGUCGCCUUUCAUCGGGGUAACUUUCGGGAACUGUACAAGAUCUUGGAAAGCAAUAAUUUUUCUCCACACAACCACCCGAAACUGCAAGCUCUGUGGCUCAAGGCGCACUACAUCGAGGCUGAGAAACUACGCGGACGGCCACUCGGAGCCGUCGGUAAAUACAGGGUACGACGAAAGUUCCCUCUCCCAAGGACCAUCUGGGACGGGGAAGAGACUAGUUAUUGCUUCAAGGAGAAAUCAAGGGGAGUGCUUAGGGAAUGGUACUCACACAACCCAUACCCAUCACCACGAGAAAAACGAGAAUUGGCUGAAGCGACGGGACUCACCACGACUCAAGUUAGCAAUUGGUUCAAAAAUCGGCGGCAACGGGACAGAGCUGCAGAGGCUAAAGAAAGGGAGAGUGCCGAGCAAGACAACAAGGGUAAAAUGGCCACGCCGAGUACAAGCUCAGAGGAAGACCUGGGUAUGGUCAUGAACGGCAAGGAAAACCUGGGUGAUGUGACGGAGUUAGGGGUAUCAGCAUCUGCGUCGGUUCACCAUCACCAUCACCACCAGCACCACAACCCUCAUCCUCACCACCAACACCAUCAGCAGAGUCUGAUGAUGAGCGAGCUGAGUAAAGCCAACCUCAUGUCACCCAUGACUAGCCUGCCGCCCGUAUCCGACGUGGGCCUGACACAGGUCAACAUGUCCGACUCCGUGCUUCAGAACUCGCUUCAGAACUCAAUGCUCGCACCCAUGUCCAACAACCUUGUGGAUAUAGGAUCGUAGCGACUGUGGUCUCAACCAACACAACACAUAGACACAUCAUCAUCCCUUCAUGAAGAAAACCACAACCUGCCAGAAGAACAUUGCGAGUCGGUUUUGAAUGUAAGUCUCCUAUCAAAAUGAUGUGACACUAUUAUUAGUCUUAUCAUGUCAGUUGACUCAUAAUACUAUUCUCCAUGAUUUUACAUGGAACCCAAUCGAACAUGGUUUAUAUUUCUUGAUACAACUAAAGUAUGUGAUCGCCAUCUUGCCUGGUUGUGACACAGUGUGUUAUUGAUAACAAUAACGAAGCAUUGUCCUCAGAUUUUUUUCUUUUACCAUUAUUUAAAAACGAUGUUAUAAAUUUUAUGUAAUAUAUUUUACGGGAAACAAGGUCUUUAUUUCCUUUUUAAUUCACGCUGUGGUUGUAAAUGGAUUAUUUUUGUUGUUCCUUUUACCGUCUAAAAACAACCCAUGUUCUUUGGUUUAACUUUCUUCUUUACUGUAAUAGAGCUUUUAUUGUGUAAGGAAUGGAACAUGAUAUAAACAAGAGUAGAUCAUUUUUGAAACACAAUGCCACCGCUGCAUUCUUUAGUUUGAUAUUAAAAUGUCCGGUUGCACCGUAUGUAAACAUUCAAAACAAAAACUGACUUUCUUCGCCUAACAGUUAUUUUUUAGAGUUAAAUUGUUUUCUGGAAUGGUCUGGCUACGUUUUUACCACUAUUGGUCGUUGUGUAUGAACAUUAUCUAUCCGGCUCAUGCAGAUAAUUAUACCAAUUUAAAACAGCCACCAGAGGGCCUACCAACUAUCGGCAAUUCAUAUUCAGAAAGUUUAAACUUCCACGGGGAAAACAGUUCGUCCAGGGGUUAUUUUAUUAAAACAUAGAAUGUGUGACCGUUUGUUGAUGUGUACGGUCUACAUGUACCGGUGCCUCAGCAUCAAUAUAUACGGCAUGGAAACCGCGGCUAUUUCCCAUCAUAAAAUGCACUCGCUCACAAGAGCCCCCCCCCCCUAAAAAAAACCUGGGCAAUAAGAGCGCGAAGAAGAAGAAAAAAAAAACUGUUCAAAAGCAUCCCCCGUCUCGUUCUUAAACCAUGGAGGAACUGACCCGGGAGGUAAGAAGGUGUGCAGAGGGAAUUGGUACGUUUACGCUGAUACCAGGAGUAUGUUGCACAAGAAGGCCUGCAAGUGAUACCCAAUCCAUCAUCUUAAACCCCUCCCGGAGGUCUGUGUUAUAACAAUGCUCCUCGGUGAAGAUGGAACGAUGCCGGGGCGUAUGGGAUGGGGAGAGAGAGAGGGGGAGCGAGCAUGAGAGAGAGCGACACCGCGAUGGCCAUUACUGGGGGAUGGAUGAAGGGGUAAAAAAGUUGGCCAUCAGGGGGUCCGAGGGGAGGAUAUUUAUAAACGCCAGUGACUUGAUCCUUGCUCUGAGGUACACGCUUCUAAAACCGAUAGCCUUUUUGCAGUCAAGUAUCACUAUGUUGCUGUGUUUAUAAUAGCCGUAUGGCCAGCAUCAUCUUAAACCUUAAACCGUACCAAACCAUACGUGUGCAGUAAUGGAAACAUAUUUGAAUGACAAUGUCAAUGUUGAACUAGUCUUGAUUUGCACGAGAUGACUUCCCCCCCCCCUCAUGAUUGCGCAAUAUCCCCCCUUGCGUAUAGUUAUCGUGUUCAUUUAGAAUGCCCGUGCUAGCCCCUCUGUUCUCAUGACGUGCUGAAACAUACUCGGAUCCUCAAUGUUUUCCCGCACCAAUAACAAAAAGAAAGAAAUCAUCAAGUAUCAUGCAGGUUUUUAUAGUAUGUCUGUCAUUACUUUGUCAUCGGUCUUUACCUUUAGAUUUCCCGUUGAACCCUCUGCUGAUCAUUCUGCUUAUAGGGAACUGCAUCGUGGCUGAAGAAUAACUCGGGGUAGGGGGAGGCUGGGGGAAUGGCGAUGCAAUGAGAGUAGCCAAAGAAAAACUCCUGACGAUCUAACAAUCGGUGACCAUGGUUAUGAUGAUUGCACACCAGGGUAAUCUGAGGUCCUGCGAGACUAGGUCCCGACCACUCUGGCUCUAUACAACAGAGCCCCUUUUACAGCAUCCCAUGCCCACGGAGAAGGGUCUGAUUAUAGGAGUGAAUAGCAGAGUACACCCUUCCAAUUACUUAGAUUUCACCCGUUAUUCGUCCGCUGGCCCUUGUUCGCCGUGGCAUCCACAGUGUAUUGAGGGUGAAGUGGUAGGGGUCAAAUGCACGCCGUUCAAAAAGCCUGAUUGCGAGGUUCAGAGAAUGACUGUGGUAUUGGUUUUCACGCCACACCAUCACCAUAUCAAUACCAUGUUGUCUUUGAAAGCACAAUCAAUUUAAUAACUGCAUGGAAAGGGGGGGGGGGAGGGGGUUGGCUGGGGUUGCAUACACACAGCGAACCUAAGCCUUGGUGUGCAUCUGCAUAAGUGUCAAAACUUGAUAUGUCACGCAUUGAGUCUAUGUGUUUAGGCUCAAGUAAAAACAUCCAGUCCCCCACUCCCGCCAUUUUGUUGGCCCUUUUUUUUGACAAAAUGGCCACUCAGUCAAAAUUGUCUCUCUCAAACGGAGAGCAAUUUUUCAUGAAUAAUUUUUUUUCCCGGAGAUAAUCCCUCGGCCGAUGAACCCUUGGAACGAUCAGUAAGGUAGCUUUAGGAAGAUACUGAGGUAGAAAUUGCUGCACAAGUGAUGUACCAAUUCCAAGGUUAAAGUCGCCUUGUAUUAUGCUAACCUUUAGUAAAGUCACUGUGUAAUUCAGAGAAUGGUUUCAAGUUUCCGGUAAAAUUAAGUAUCAUAAUUACUUUCGUUGUCUAGCCACAUCAUCUUUGUCAAGUUAUUCUCAGUUUCCUAAUUACAACACCGAAUGUGGAAUUGUUGAAGUCUGAAAUAUCAACAAUUAAAACAAAACUAAAACAAAAACAAUAGCAUGUUGUGCUUUUGGAAAAGAGAGAAUUUUACGGAGCUUGAAAGAAAGAAAUCGCUUUGAGAUCAUGAGCAGACGUUUCAUCAGUCCCUAGCACCAUCUUUAGCAAGCCUUGCUAAACAUCCCCUUUUAUUGACCCGUAUGCAAAGACAACAGUGAUGAUUACAUUACUCGCUGCCGAAGAUCUGUUUUUAAACAAACGAAGACAAGUCCGCCAAGAAUUUCACCGUUGGCCCUGCCACUCUCCGCGCCUCAUCCCCCAAUAAGAUCCGCACCGAUGUUCUAAAAACUAUACCUCGUUGUUUUUAGUUCUUUCUUCGGCUACUCGGCUCAAAUCUAUAAAACAAUGAUUUCAUAACGGUUAUUUUGUAUGAUUGCGUUGGGAAAUACGGCACCGGGGGUUAUGUGUAGUUGUUUGGCGGUGAAACUGGGGACAAACUGUGCCUCGUUCGCGUAGCGGUUUACGGUGGAAGCAUCGGCAACUCUGUUGCAUCCUAUUAUGGUCGCGUAGCCCGCAAGAAAAUUUCUGUAAAUAUGGCUUCUUCCUGUUCCUGUAUUUACUCUGACCUCUGGGAAUCAGUGUAUGUUCAGUAGACAGGUUUGUUUGUCUCAUAAAUGAUGGAUUAUGUUGAUUAUCAUGCACUGCACAUACCCAAUUCCCGUCGUACCCCCACUCGUCUCUUGCAGACGCUGCGACGUGCGUAUAGCGACAAUUUCUAUCUUUCUGUUUUUAGAUGUUUUGUUGUUGUCCUCCCCCAACAAACGUUGUUUUGUUUUUAUCCAGGAAAUUCACUUGUUUUGGUAUCAGUUGGGAAGUGGUUUGUGAAUUGUGUGGCUUUUGAGGGCAUGCAGUACACCGGUCCUUCUAAACGAAAAGUAAAAUGGGAAAUAUUUAAUGCAGGUCUGAUCAAUAACCUGUGAAUGACAUGCUGUAUUAUUUCCUGAAAAAAAAAGCUGAUCGAAAGUGUAAGAUGAUUUUACGAGGACUUUGAAUACACAAGGACAAAACAGCCGAGUUAUUUUUCAAAACUCAGUAAUAUUUCAAUUUCACUGUUUGUAGUCAACCCGAAUUUUUUGAUUUAAAAGUCCUGCGUGUUCUUGUGCACAAAUCCAAUUUAAACUGACUGCAAAGAAAAUGUUUUCUUCGCAUACUUCUAAACGUUAAUCGUUUUUUCUUUGAAUUUCUUAGGCAAGUUUUACAUACAAAUUUAUAAGAAUAUUCUCACACUCUGCCACUUAGAGCACAAUAAAUUCCAAACGAGUUCUAUAUUAAACUGAGAGUGUUAACUGGAAAUUCUAAUGGCGAAAGGAAACAAGAGUCCACGGGAAUUGUGUAGUCAAACAGAGGUACCGGUGCAAUUGCCAACACAACACUCGAGCUCUGCCGUGCUCCGUGCGGUACGGUGCCCAGUGACCGUAUCGUGGUGGCCGCUCAUUGACAAUUCCCCGUCGUACCUCUUACGAACACGCCGGCGCCUACGAUGCUUCUACAAUGGCACAAUUACAAACGCUCCCCCCUCUUGGUUCACACAAAUCGUCAACCGAUGGCCAAAUAUUCCUCUUCGGGCAAAGCCUCUUUUGGUUCGAAUCGGUCAGCCCUUUUCACUCUUUUAUUGGUCACACGUGUCCUUCAACUUUUUUUCCCAGGUCAUCUUGUCAGAGUAUAGGGGGCGUUUCCAACCCCAUCCCCAACCCUGAAGCAUAGAGGAGCUAGCACGGGCAUUUAGUCCUUCAAUCAGUUUCAUAAAGAGAGAAAGAAAAAAGAAAGAAAAAGCCCCAAAAGAUAGCGAGCUUAGCUGUAAGAACCCAAAUAUAACGUUAUAACCCGCGAUAUUUCAGAUUUUGUAGCGGGAAUUCGCCAGGCCUUUUGUUGUUUCGGCAGCGCUGGUGUCGCCGACACAACGCCUGCAGGUUACGAUUUGUCCAGAAAAGUCUUGUAUUUAGCUUCAUGCGGUUCAUUUGCGCUCAUUGUAUUAUACCAUUAUUAACGCCUCAUCAAAUCUGAUAGCUGCGAUAUGAUCGUCCUGACACCGGUCUUAUUAUUUUGUUUUGGCCGUAACAAGUGGAGGGAAAAUAGAUAGGGCGUCAUGUCAUAAUUCGAAACAGUCCCAACUGCGAAGCUAUGAUUGCUUUUAAACCCACUCCACAUUGUGCAUAUAACUGUAAAGGGAAUAUAGCCGCCAUUUUGUUGAGUAGAUCGGAUGCAAAUCUUUUGGGCGGGAAACGUUAAUUUGCGGAAACAGAAAUGACCAAUCUAAUCACAAAGGGGGUUGAUGUUAACUUGAGAGCAUUCACAUUACAAUCAUUUCUUGUUGUUUAGUCGAGCACUUCAAUCCAACAAUACGGCAAAUUAGCGGACCAUAUGAGAUCACGUGUGCUGAUAUAAUCAUUGGCAACUGCAGCACAAAGAACUUGCGACGGUGCGGAAAAUUGCCACACUGAAUGUGAACGGUGUUGGUUCGGGCGGUGGGCACACAUCACUCGGCUGUAAAACCUUCACAUCUUUUUCUCAUUUUACUCUGGAAAUGCUUCAUUCUCGAGCAAUAACGACCACGCGAAGGAGAGUGUAAUUGGCAUUUUAAUAUUUUAUCAGCCUAAUGUACGUGUGGUAUUUCGGUUUGGAAACUGUAAAGUUUAAUGUGAUUUCAAUUUAAUCAUUAUAUUUGGUUUUGAGUGUAUGGUUUAAAUGGAAGUAGUGGCCGUUGGUGAGGUGUCCGUGAACAGAUUCAUAAUAAGAUCCACGAAAAAGGAACAAUUUUGUUAAAGUACCAUCUCAUGUCAUACACAAGAACAUUUUGUUCACUCGACCCUAGAUCUUUAGUGGAAUAUCUUCCUUGAUUUCCAGUUGGAAAUUCAGCUAAUUUCCUAUUUAAUCCACCAAGCUUUCAAAUAAUAAUGUAGAUUUCUGCUUGCCACAGGACGUAUAAAAAGCAUUUCAUAUGAGUUAUGAAGUCGAACCAAUUGCUUCCAAUCCUUUGUUGUGUAAGCAAAUCUGAUUUCUUCUUCAAAAUACUCCACAUAUAUUUUUAUUUUCAUUCAGGCCUAUUUUCAUCAGAGCUAUUUACAUUACGCAACCGUCUGCUCAAGGAUUAUAUUCCAGAAAUAUCAGCUUGAUAAAAAUAUACAUGUGAGGUUGAAAGGAAACAUUGAAUUUUGUGACUGAAUAUCUCAAACAUGAAAUGCUGAUUAUCUCGUUUGACACGUGCUCACCUUUGCCCGGUUGGUAAUAAUAAAAGCCUACCCAAAUCCAGAACUCCCUGCAGAUGAUAUUUGAAACAAUAAGUUUCAACAUUGAACAAACAAAACACAGGGAUGGUUAACCACAUACGUUAAAGGGGGAGUUGGUACGUAUAUUUUGAAAUAUCACCUUAAAGGUGCAGUUGGUUUUGGAUGUUAAAAUAGAAAUUCGAAAAAGCUGUCACGGUUUUGUUUUUGUUUUUGCGGGAACACCAAAAUGUAAGUUUUUGUAUAUUUUGGUGAUGGCAUAAAAUUAUUUCCUGACAACAAUCAAAUAAACAGCAUGGAAUAUUAAUCAAACCAUAAGCGGACCAGAAGUAAAAGAUUAUGCUUCUAAAAUAAUUAAAAAUUACAUCCAGUAUUUGAACAUCGAUGCUCGGUAUAUCAUGUUUUAUUCACAGUCCAUAAUAUUUUAUACAUUCGGAGAAUGAGUUAAUUCUGAUUGAAAAAAACUAAUCGAAAUCUCACCAGCAAAAGAACAAAAUUCAGGCUAGACAUUCGAGCAAAUAUUGAAUCAAAAUGUGACACUUCUUUAAUUCUCAAAACUAUUGAUGCAUUGAUAAUAAAAGGCCUGAAAUUGAAAUGAAGGCUUUUGGACUGACGUCACAGACGCCAUGUUGGAGUUCAUCGUCUUUCGAUAACAACCACCAUGAUUGGUUUAUACGGUACAUUUCGUUUAUAAUAAAGUACAUGCGUGCCUCUCCAAGAUGGCGUCUGGAGUGCAAGGUCCCCUUUGUCACAUUUGGAUUCUUAUUUUAACCAGUUUAGGCUUAACUUGUAUCAAAUUUCUUCUAUAUAUUUUUGCCUUCCCCCAAUGCUGGAGCAAUGGUUCACCUUGUACAGUUGUUUUGUUACCGAGUGUGGAAACACGUUGGUCUGGAAAUCAGUACAGCUUUGCAAAAACUGGGCAUGAAUAGAGAGAGAUCUCUGCAUACAUCAUUGGUUCAACCCCUGCUUCAACAGCACAAAGACGAAAAGUGAAAGACUCGGCUGCUUAUUCCAUGAGCAUAAAAAAAGAAAAAAAGAAAAAGAAAAAAAAACAUGUGAUUAUUUCAGCUCACGGGAAAUAGUGGGGUCUUUGAAUUCAUGCACAAUGUCCAAACUAGAAUUACGUAAACGGCUGUGGGUUUUUUCUCCUCUGGAGAGCUCUUGAGAUCGAGGUGAGCAGUCGCCAGCUUUUUGGCAAUUAUAGCUUGCAGGAUCAGUCGCAGCUAUUUGUGUUAAUUAACCAAUGGUGUAUAUAGAGACUCAAUUGCUCUUGCAAAUACUCCUCAAACAGACUCAGUAAUAUUUAGUUUUUCAUUCCUUGCACGGUUUAUAAUUUAUGGAAGAAGAUCAGUUUUUGUUUUUGUAUGUGUAUAGUUUGGGAAGUAUGUUAUGUACAUUAAAGAUAAAAUGCAUGAUGUGGAGAGUGUAAAACUAUCGACGACAUUGCACGAAUUUAUAGGUAUUUUCACGUGUCCCUGUAUCGGGGCUUGAAUUACAAGAUGGCUAGAAAUAAUCUGCAUGGAAAUAAUUAUUUAAACAAAGAUAGAGUGUCACUUACUGCGCAUGUGGACUUGAUGACCUGCAGAAAGUCUAUUCUUCACGGCAUUAUUUGAUUUCUUUAAACGGUUAUAGUGCAGACCCGAAUCAUAUAUCCAUAGAGGAUCGAAACAAAAACCCACUUAGUUUGGGAGAUCUGUUUCAACAUGAAAUAAUUAAUUUAGUGUAAUAUUUUUGACGCUCUGCAUGGUGAAAGAGUACAUUUUUAGCAUUAUGGAUUUUGUUUCCUACGGAAAAUUCAUCAUCAUUCUGUGGAUUUACGAUUUGGUGAUGAGGAAAGUGGUUGAAUUUGUUUCUUCGUGCCCUUUCCUUAUUCUGCACAAGAAGUUUCUGAAUGUUUAAGACUGUAUAAUUUAAAACAACGGUUCCUCACUAUUUGAGUAUUGUUUGUACACGGACACUUAUUAAUGUAGUGUCAUUUGUUUCUUAAAUAGUGCUUUUAUUGACUGGAAAAAAAAACUAAAACACGAGGCUGAGUAUCUGGAUAGUGUAUAUUUAUGAUUUGUCACAUAGCACAGGGUUGUAUGAACGAGCCGACAAAUCACUUAUGUUAACUUCUGAUGAAUAAAACGUGGAAUAAACGAGUCGGAGGCCCAACAGA